UUGGCUGCACGGAGGCCGCACGGAUGACGUGGCGGGGCCGAACCCUGCGGGCCUGCGCGGCGCGGUGCGGAAACGCCCGCGACAGCGAACAGGCGCGAGGUAGCACCAUGCCGCUGGAGCUGGAACUGUGUCCCGGGCGCUGGGUGGGUGGGCAGCACGCGUGCUUCAUCAUCGCGGAGAUCGGCCAGAACCACCAAGGAGACUUAGAUGUGGCCAAGCGCAUGAUCCGCACUGCCAAGGAGUGUGGGGCUGACUGUGCUAAGUUUCAGAAGAGUGAGUUGGAGUUCAAGUUUAACCGGAAGGCCCUGGAGAGACCGUAUACUUCAAAGCAUUCAUGGGGGAAGACAUACGGGGAGCACAAACGGCAUCUAGAAUUCAGCCAUGACCAGUACAAGGAGCUGCAGAGCUAUGCCCAGGAGAUUGGCAUCUUCUUCACUGCCUCUGGCAUGGACGAGAUGGCAGUUGAGUUUCUGCAUGAACUGAAUGUUCCCUUUUUCAAAGUUGGGUCUGGGGACACUAACAAUUUUCCCUAUCUGGAAAAGACAGCAAAGAAAGGUCGUCCUAUGGUGAUCUCCAGUGGGAUGCAGUCAAUGGACACCAUGAAGCAAGUCUAUCAGAUCGUGAAGCCCCUGAAUCCCAACUUCUGCUUCCUCCAGUGCACCAGUGCCUACCCACUACAGCCCGAGGAUGCCAACCUGCGCGUUAUCUCGGAAUACCAGAAGCUCUUUCCCGACAUUCCCAUAGGGUAUUCUGGGCAUGAGACAGGCAUUGCCAUAUCUGUGGCUGCAGUGGCUCUGGGGGCCAAGGUGUUGGAACGCCACAUAACUUUGGACAAGACCUGGAAGGGGAGUGACCACUCAGCCUCGCUGGAGCCUGGAGAACUGGCAGAGCUGGUGCGGUCUGUGCGCCUGGUGGAGCGGGCACUGGGCUCUCCAACCAAGCAGCUGCUGCCCUGUGAGAUGGCCUGCAAUGAGAAGCUCGGCAAGUCCGUGGUAGCCAAAGUAAAAAUCCCAGCAGGCACCAUCCUGACCCUGGACAUGCUCACGGUGAAGGUGGGAGAGCCCAAAGGCUAUCCUCCUGAAGACAUCUUUAACUUAGUGGGCAAAAAGGUGCUGGUCACUGUUGAAGAAGAUGACACGUUGAUGGAGGAAUCCGUGGAAAGUCACAGCAAGAAAAUCAAGGCUUAAAAUAAAGUGCCAUUCCGGCUUCUCAGCCAUCCUGCUACUGCUGUCCAGUGUGUUGGGUGCAGAGGGGCAGGAGUGUCGGUCUCCAGGCCACCCUGUCAGUGGCCACCUGGAAAGGAGGAGCCAUUGAGGCUAUUCUGCUUCGAAGUAUCCAUCCAGAGAAGGCAGCCCAGAGCAAAUGCUGCUCCUUUAGGGUUUCUGUGUGUCUCUGUUGACAUCUUGAGCCUUCAUGUUCCCACUCUACAAAGCCACUCCAGGGACCUGAGCUCUCAGUUCCUCAUAGAGCACUGAACGAUGGGCAUUAGCCUCUGCCUGAGGACCUGUGGGCAGAGACAAGCUCCCCUGUCUCUGAGCAAAGGCAGGGACAGAGCACUUGGUCCUCCCUUUGGCAAACUGUCACCACCAGAGGCCUAGGGACAUGGUUCUUAGCCAGCCAGUCCCUUUCUAGCAGGCCUGUCCUCAGGCAGCAGGUGCACACUAACCCACGGUACAGUUGAUCAACAAGGCUGCUUUUAGAUCGGGAAUGUGAAGGAGAGGAACACGGGUCUGGAAGGGAGUGGCAGGGUGGAGCAGGGAGUGUGCACAUCUUAACGGGGCGGGGGGGGGGGGGAAAUCAACCCUGACGUAGGCACCUGUGUCUUGUCACAUAUGACAGAUUACAAACCCAGACAAAGGUCCUGUUGUUUGACUUCUUUAAGUGCAUAACUCUACAGUGGUUCACUGUCAUAUUUCACUUUCUUUGGAAUCAAUCCUGAGAUUAAUCAUUUUGUUCUUUUUAACUAUCUCCUUGUCUUUAUCUUAUUU